AUGGAGCAUCUAAAGCAACAACCACUGGGUAAACCUUCGGACACUACCCAAGUAAAUGAGGUAAGUUUUCUAUGCAAUGAUAACAUUGUGCAUAAUACUACACCACUCGAACUUAAGGUUGUGGUGGAGGAUGAUGUACCUUUAAAUGAUAAUGAUACCAAAAGGAUGUUUCAAAUCAAAGAAGUUGUAAUUGAAUUGGAAAAGUCUAAAGAAGAGCUUAAUGAGUUAGAAGACUCCAAAGUUGGGGAGGGGUUUGUGGAGGCUAAUACCACCCCUACCCAACAAAUUUUAAAAAAACCGACCCACAAAUUCUUCUGA